GUAACGUAGUAAAACAGUGUCACGUCAAAGCGCCCUGCCCUCUCUGCUGCCUUCCAGUUUCACAUCAUCAUAUGGGUGUCUUGGGUCUCACUCCCCCUUCGGUCGUUCGCGGUUUCUCAGGGACGACCUAAAAUAUAUAUCCAGGCAUCAGAUGAUUGCUGACGCUGGAUAUAUUAGUUGUUACCGGCGUGACAUUGUUAUUUACAUGACUCGUGGAGCUGUGCGCGUUCCCAGGCAACCCCCGUCAUGAACGCGCACUGAACGCACUCACUGACUCGAUCAGUUUCAUUUCUUCUAUCAGAGCCGGUCGGUGUUAUAGACUAUGGAAAGCUGAGCCUCAUUCAUUCAUACAGCGAAAACAGUUACUCAAAGGUCAACCAGAGCAGCCGGAAAACGAAAGGAUUUUAUUCACACCACAGUCGUGGUUCUCGACAAGGCUUAGGCGAUGGGUGGAACCAAGAGUAAACCCAAAGAUGACGAUGGCACCAGAGGACACCAUCCCAGUCCCAACCAGUCGUCCGUUUCACACAUCCGGAGUGUACCGGUGGACGACCCCAGACAAAGCCCCCAGCCCAACAUCAGCAGCCCGGAGCAGGCACUGUUUGGAGGCUCGAACUCGAAGAUAAUCACGCCUCCUCAAACGCUUUCUGGCGGCGUGACCACGUUUGUGGCUUUGUAUGACUACGAGUCACGAACCGCCUCUGAUUUGUCAUUCAGGAAAGGAGAACGACUCCAGAUUGUCAAUAACACGGAAGGCGACUGGUGGAUGGCUCGCUCGCUGACUACAGGAGAGAGUGGAUACAUUCCCAGCAAUUACGUGGCACCGUCCGAUUCCAUCCAGGCUGAAGAAUGGUACUUUGGAAAAAUCACACGCAGGGACUCUGAGCGGCUCCUCUUGAGUCUGGAAAACCGGAGAGGAACUUUCCUGGUCAGAGAGAGUGAGACAACCAAAGGUGCCUACUGUCUUUCCGUUCUGGAUUAUGACAACGUCAAGGGUCUAAAUGUCAAACAUUACAAGAUCAGGAAGCUGGACAGCGGGGGAUUUUACAUCACGUCGCGCACACAGUUCAGUGUUUUACAGCAGCUGGUCAACCACUACCGCCAGCACGCAGACGGCCUGUGUCACUGUCUGACUGACGUGUGUCCCGUGCUGAAGCCUCAGACUCAGGGCCUGGCACGGGACGCCUGGGAGAUCCCACGAGACUCUCUGAGACUGGACGUCAAACUGGGCCAGGGUUGCUUCGGAGAGGUCUGGAUGGGCACUUGGAACGGCACGACACGCGUGGCCAUCAAGACUCUGAAGACUGGCACUAUGUCUCCUGAGGCCUUCCUGCAGGAAGCGCAGGUGAUGAAGAAACUCAGGCACGAGAAGCUGGUGCAGCUUUACGCAGUCGUCUCCGAGGAGCCCAUUUACAUCGUCACUGAGUACAUGGGACAAGGAAGUCUGCUGGAUUUCCUGAAGGGUGACAUGGGGAAAAUGCUGCGGUUGCCUCAGCUUGUGGAUAUGGCCUCUCAGAUCGCCUCUGGAAUGGCGUACGUGGAAAGAAUGAAUUAUGUGCACAGGGACCUCAGAGCUGCCAACAUCCUGGUGGGUGAUAACCUGGUGUGUAAAGUGGCUGACUUCGGCCUCGCUCGACUCAUAGAGGACAACGAGUACACGGCCAGACAGGGAGCCAAGUUUCCCAUCAAGUGGACUGCGCCAGAGGCAGCACUUUACGGCCGCUUCACCAUUAAAUCUGACGUGUGGUCGUUUGGGGUCUUACUGACGGAGCUGGCAACCAAAGGCAGGGUGCCUUAUCCAGGUAUGGUGAACCGGGAGGUGCUGGACCAGGUGGAGCGUGGCUACAGGAUGCCCUGUCCCGCCGAGUGCCCCGAAUCCCUGCACGAGCUGAUGCUGACCUGCUGGCGCAAGGAGCCCGAGGAGCGGCCCACCUUCGAAUACCUCCAGAGCUUCCUGGAAGACUACUUCACCUCCACUGAACCACAGUACCAGCCGGGCGAGAACCUCUAGAGAUGCAGAUCCAGUCAAGUGUGAGAAAAGCAAAAAGGAUAUCAUUUCCCGGACCGGGAACGCGGGAUGUUUGUGGCAUAACCCAAACAAUACUGAUCCACACAGGCGACAACGCCGCAUCCAGCUAAAUCCGCUCAUUUAAAGCAACUUAUUGGGUUUUCACAUGGUUUCAGAGUUAUAGCAUCUAUAAUAUAAUCGCAUGUUUCUCCGCUUUCAUCGCAGAUGAGCUGCAAACAGCAAGACAAGAUGCAUCUUUUCUGCAAAGAAAUUCAAUAACAAAUUGCAUCUUCAGCCGUCGUCGUUUCUGUUGAUAAUUGUUGCGAGGAUUUUUUCCUGAAGCUCUGCGGAUUGAUCCCUAGCUGUUUUCUUGACCUCAAUGUACCACCCCUUCUCUCCUAAACCCUUUUGGCAGAUGCUCCAGAUCUGUCAUUCAUCUCCCCUCCCACAAUCCCUCUCUUCUUUCCUCUCCCAUCCCCCCACGGACCCCCAAAGUGUCAGCUCCAUCAGCUCUGGUGUUCGCCGUGAACCCUGCGACCCGUUCCCGUUAAUGUCUUCCAAUAGAUAUCCAGAGGCUGUAUCUGAACAUAGUAUUUUAUGCCUUUUAAUGGUAGAAAUUAGCUUUUUUUGUCCUAUUAUGCUUAUUUGUUUCUUUUGUAAUAACCUGGAUAGACUGGAAUAAGAAGCUGAUUGGUUGAACACUUGGUCACAUGAUUGGAAGUCGCUUCUGAAUUCUGAAAUCCUUUUGAUAUGGACUCAAAUAGAGAGUCGUUCAGAAUGUGGUUUCAUUUGAUACAGUCAUUCUACUCUUCUAGUAUUCAACACAACUACUGAUAUAAAGCAUUGUUUUUGUUUAAAGCAGAUAUGACUGUAUAGUCUUACUUUGUGUGGCGAUACAAAGGAAAAAAAUGAAUUUUGUACUGUUUUAUUAUGUAUAAAAUGUAUUUUUAUUAAUGUUGUUUUUGUAACAAAGAGGAUGAGCAGGAUUUGUAAUUAGAAUUUAAAGGAAUAGUUCACUGAAAUGAAACAUUUGUCAUUUUCUAACCCUCACGUCAUGUAAAACACAAACUGAGAUGUUUAGGUGAAUGUUCAUGCUCCUCUUUUCCAUAUAAAGUACUUUUACAUUUAUUGCAUGAGAAAAACGUCCUCUAAAUAUCUCUUUUUGUAUCCCAUGAAAACGAUAACAGCGUUAAUGUUUGGAAUAAUACGAGGGUGGUGAAUUAUGACAUCAUUUAAAUUUGUACACUGGAAAAAAAAAAAAGUUUACCCCUUUUAGUAUUUUUUUCUUGUUUUCCCAUUACAAACAUUCAUAAAUCAAGCAAAAUUAUAUAGGAGAGUUGUUUUCUGAAAUUAAAUGAUUUUAUGUUUAAAACAAAAAAAGAUAUCUGGCAACCUUUAAGAUUAGGUAUUUUCUUACUCAAUUGUCAGAUAUUUUUUCUCACUUUAAGCAUGAACUCGCUUAACUUUGAUCUUUUUUUUUUUUCAGAAAAGAACACUUUUUAUCGUAAGUAUUUUGCUUCUAAAGUUGAUUUGGGAACAUUUGCACUGGAAAACAAGACAAAAGCACUAAGGAAGAACAUCUGCUUCUGUAGUGUCAGGGAACUAUUGCCUUUAUCACUUAUGAAUAUUGUUCAAGAGAUGUUUGAACUGACUCCUCAAAGCUUGUUAAAUGCUUAAAUUUCAAAUGUUUUAUCUUUUCGGCUUUUUUGAGACAAAUUCUGACACGUGCCGUCAAAGUCGCCAAUAUGUUAUAUGCAAAAUAGCCAUUGUUAUAUAUAAUUGUGGGUAACGACCUCAGUCCCAUCACUGCUACUUUCCAAUAAGAUUCACAGAAAGCCAUGAACCUUGUCUGUGAGGAGUUAGUGAUGGUUUGAGAUACCCAAAUAAAUAAUAUAAUUACUGCUGAGACAAUGUAGAAUGAAAUCAAUUUGAGUUGUAGGGAUGUUGGUGCUGAUAUGAUGAUGGUAAGGGUUUGGAAAUGUCCCGACGAGUUCUUUAGAAUGGCAUGCAGCUGUAAUCGCGGUACUUUAGCUGGUAGAUGUGUAACGCCGGUCCAUAUUCUGUAAAUACUUUCGUAUGUAAAUAUUAUUUUCAUAUUUAUUCAUAUUGCCUCAGUUUAUGUUAAGCAGAGCUUUGCUUGUUUCUCCCCGUAAGAUCAAGGCUAUGGGUAGACAUUGGAUCCUGCGCGAAGCUGACUGCAAAAUAGUUGUAUUCUGCAAAACCAGUUUUCCUACUGCAAAUGAAUGCAUAGAGAAGCAGCCAAUCACAAAACAGGAAGAAUUCACAGAUUCAAAUCACUUUCUUUAUUUUUAUUUACAGUAAGAAGCUCACCUUUAUGAAUCAUUUCGUUAGGUGUGACUUUGGCACUAAAGUAUUGUGUUUUAUUAUUACUUUUUAACUUGCAAUAAAUCUGCUGUUGAUUUUGACAGGUAGUUACUGCAAAGUAAACUGCACUGUAUGCAUUGCUCUGAUUGUAAUACGACUUACAGAGGAUAUUUGACGAUGGAGUGGUCUUGGUUCGUGCUGUAGAACUGGAAAAUAAAAUGAUGACAAGUAAAACAAUAUUAGUGCAUCCCCAUCUAAUGUAUUCAAACUAUGCAGUUGUUUUCUAUGAGUUGCGUGUUUGUAUUUUAACUGCAGUUGCUCACAAUCAGAUUCCAGGUACUUGCUCCCACUGUACAGUUCUGCAGUGACUGGUUUCAAAAUAUGAAAUAAUACUGAAAUGAGUUUUGUACUUUAAAAAAAUUAUGACAUGGUGUUAUCUUUUUUUUAGUGCAAUAAACUAUGUUUCUAAA